AUGCUCGAGGAUCUCCCGAACGAGCUCCUGGAAAAUAUUGCCGAGUGGGUCCGUAUACCAUACCUUUCUCCUAUGGAAUCCGAGCGCAUUGCUGACUCCUUAGUUACCCCCCUUGCUCUUCGAUCCCUAAGCCAUGCCUCUUCGAAACUUUACCAUGCUCUGGUCCCUGGAAUUUACCGUGUGGUCGUGUUUCGUGCUGCGAGUGAAUGGGCUUUGAAUGUGCUUAACGUCGAUGAUUUCUUCAACCAUCACUCCAAAAGCGCCAGUCACCUUCUACACACCCGCCACUUGAAGUUUGACGCCCCGAUCCAUCUCACUCGGUUUAAUCGCUGCGCAGCAUUCAACAUCUUUCGGGCGCAGUUCUUGGAGGACAUUGGGGAUCAACUUUGCUUGGCCUUCGCACAUCUCAGCCCUGGUCUCCUUCGGUCAUUCACGUGGCGCUUGGGCACAUGCCUUCCAGCUGGUGUGUUGGAUAGAGAGGGAUACCUAAUCCAACAUCAGGAAAAUCUCAUCCAACUUUCGUUGGUCACAGAUGGCUCCUGUCCCCAUGCCGCGGGCCAUUUAGGUGGUCUGUGCCAACUAUCUUCCCUGGAGGUCAUCGAAUGGGAAGGUAUCCAGCAUUCGACGGAGAUCGGGCUACUGCAAAAAUGUAUUAGUCGAAACCAAAGGCGUUUGAGAACACAUUCGAUUGCAUUCAGCGCAUCAGCUGGCAGACCGGAUUUCUCCCGUCAAGUGCUUGGGCUGCAAGGGUCCACACCCGUGACCACAACACGUGUGGCGGGCCCAGCCCCUACCUUUCUGCCCUCUCUUACGUGCCUAACACUCUCCAAGGCAUAUCUCCAGAAAAGCACGCAACCGAGUGCUUUGUCGACCUUUGCUGGGUUGAGGUCCUUGAAGUUGCGUGACUGCGUAAACUCCUGCGAGUUGUUGGAAGCACUGUCGCGCUUGCAGAAUAAGCUUCAACUGCAGCUAUUUGAGCUCUGUUGCGAUAAUCAGGCGCUUGGCCCCAACAAGGCAAGUUUGGGUCCGGUUGUUGCGUUUUUACUUUCUCUCCAAGACUUGCAGCAUCUUUAUCUGAAACUUUCCGACUUUGCACACACCCACCAGAUUGAAGCCGUGAUCCGCCAUCACAGCCGGACCCUGGAGACCUUUGUGUUUCAUGAAAAACAACUCGCUCCGAUUGAUAACGAGAGACUGUGGUGGGGUACUCGAGACUUCUGCUCGUCCUGGAUAUUCGAUAAGGCCGAAUUGAGGCAUCUCAAUCGGCUCUCUGCCUUGGCGCUGUGUGCAAACACUUCUUCUGUGCGAGCGAGUCUUGAACCGGGUGCGAAAGGCUCCCAUCUUCGGGUGCUUCAUAUUCGACUCACAGGCGUAGAUCAUCUCCAUCGAGACAUUCAAUUGGAAGUCAUCUCGCAGAUUCGGGCAGAAGACAGAGACGAGAGAUGUCCGUGCGGUUGUUGGAACGGGCUGGCGAGACGGGCCUCCCUUUCCGACCGCGAUUUUAACUUUGCGUGUCUCUGGGAAGAACAAUCUAUCGAGUCCCCACGAACGGGGCCAUCGGACGGUUCAGAUGUGUCGGAGGCAUUCGGCAGCGAUUUAGCUGAGAUCAAAGAAGCCAUGGACUUUGCGGACUGGGCGUUCGGACCGUCCGGCUUACCCAGACUAGAGGUUCUUGCGUUCGGGGACUUUGCUUACGACGAGCGAUAUCGGAAGCAACGGUUUCUGGCGCGCCGGAACCGCUCAGUGCGAUUACGAUUGUCCGAUCAAAGCCCCCAGAUCAGUAAACAUUACGGCUGGUUUUUUUGCAUUGGCGAUAUGAACGAUCCAUCUCUUUGGAGCAACGAUUGUCCUAUAAAGAUCGACCCGACACACAUCAGUCCCAAAUGGUGGGGUGUCAAUGUCAAGAUCACUGCAACGUCCAAGGAAUUGCAUCUAAACACCUUCAUGGUCGAACAGAUCAAAGGUAUAUGCAUCUUGCCCAUGUAUGAUGAAGAACUCCUCUAUGUGUUCCAGGAGCAGUUCGAAGGAUGGACUGAAUAG